AUGCAUCAUCUGAAUCCGUUUUUAUGGAUAACAAUAUGCAUUGUUGUAAGUAAUGGUCUUCUCGAUGAGAAUUCUGAUCCAGAUUCUCGAGAUCUCUCAUCUUCUGGAUAUGAUCAAAACCUAAAAGCCGACUUUUCCAACUCUCUAAAUUUCACCGAAUAUCUUCGUAAUCCGAGAAACGCCAAAGACAAGUCAUCAGAAUAUCUCAAUCACAUCACUUCCAUCGCCCACAUCACCAAUGGAAUCGCUCUCCAGAAUGGGUUGAUGAAUGGAAAUGUUCAAAUCGAUAGUGUCAUUGAAGAACUUCUCAACCUUGGCACCGUCAAAUUAUCCUCCGUCCUCCAAUUCAAACCGGAUAAGAUAAAGAAUUUUGGAUCCAAGUUAAAGAUUGUUCCCGGUAAAUUUGACAACUCGGCGGCUGAACUGGAGAAACAGGCAUUAAGAUGGAAUAAGUGGUACAAUAAAUACUUGUCUGUCAAGGAUGUCACGUUCGAUAAGAUCCCGAGAAGUUCGGAGUACUUUGUUGGUGCAAAAACCAUAAAUUCUUCGAAAAGUUUGGAGAAUUUCAAGAUGCUAAAGGAAAGUGUGAAUGGGAUAGCACAGGAUAUUACUCUUGCUGAGACCAGAAUAAAAGAAAAGCUAGAGGGAUCCGCAAUAGCAUUGCUUGCGGCAACGUUCACAGGUCUCCAUGAAAAAGCCGAAAAAUUUUUCAAUUCCUAUAAUUCGCUCAAAAAAGAAAUUGAAGAAAAACUGGCAAAUAGUCUAUUGAUAGAAGGUCACGUGAUAUUCGAACCAUUGGAAUCGAUGCUCGAAGUGAUGAAAGGUCGGAAAGUGAUUGUACAGAGUACUGAUGCAUUGAUUACAACCAUAAAAAGCAAUGUCGAGAUAGCUGUUGGACUGGCUAAGGAUUCGACUGCAGCUGAUACUGAUAUCUCUUUAAUCACUGAAUUGAUGAAGAGCCAAAAUGGGAUAAAAUCCAACCAACAUACAAUAGGAUUUCCAAAUGGUGCCUCUGAUAUGAAACAAUUGGAGAAGGAUGCUGUUGACUCAUGGAUUGCGAAGAUUCUGAAUUUAGAUGUGACCCGAUUGAGUGCUCUAUCCGAUAGUCUGAAGCCUCUAUUCCAUAUUAAUGAGAAAUUGGAUGGACUGGAUGGGAAGGUGAAGUCGAUUGCAUCCGAUAAGUCAUAUGAGUCACUGCUAAAACUUCAAGAGAUCCAAAAAGAUCUCGUUGUGGUAUCUGAUGAUUCAGCCAAUUCCGUCGGUGUACUGAAGGAAUACGAUGAAUGCAUUACAACAGCAAAAUCAGCCAGCGACACAACAGUAAGUGAUGAUUUCAUCUCAAAUGUCCACGAAUUAACAAAAGGAUUAAUGGAUAUUGAGAAGUUAGUUAACGACUUAAAGGAUGAUACAUUGAAACAGGAAGUCGAUGAAUAUUUGAAGUCUCUUGGUUUCACGAACAUCGUCGAUGAACCUACAGUCAGAAGUCAACUACCACAGGCCGUUGAAAGAUAUAAUGGAGGUAAUAACCUCGAGAAAAUCAAGAAACACGUCACUGAUCUACAAUCCAAACUUGCUGUUGUUAAUGGUGCCGACCUUCAAUCAAAACUAUCAAGUGUCGUAGCAGCAAAUGGAAAAAUCACUGAUCAAAAUUUCAAAGAUGAAAUAGGUACACUUGGAAAAAUACACGAUUGUCUGCAAAAGCACCUCGCUAAUUCCGAUAAGUCUUCCAAGGCAAUUCAAGCCAUCCAGAACUUGAAAGGUAUUGACACAAAAAGUAUCGAUGACGUGGAAUCUCUGGCGACAACAAUUUCUGAAAUCUCGAAAGGUCUCUCUGGUAUUCAAUCGAUUCGAGAUGUCAUGAAGAAAGAUGUGAAGGAGGUGACAAAAGAAAUCAAUAAGUUGGAUGAUUCGACGACUAAAUCAGAAGUAAUCGGACAGUCAAUGGUCUCACUCAAGUAUGCACUUGGAUUGGUAGAGCUGGAAACGGAGAUUGGUCUUCUCAAAGGUCUUGGGGACGCUGUCGAAGCAGAGAUUCGGAAAUUAGUGGUUUUCAAGGAGAAGAUGGGAAUCCAGAAACAAUGGGGUGAUCAUAAGAAGGAUAUUGAUGAUCUGGAAAAGUCGUUGGCCGGAAUCAAGUCAUUCGAUCGGAAACUUAAUGUAUCAAUGAAUGGAACACUGGUAGAAUACAGUACUCCGCUGACCCAACUGACCAGUUUCAAUGAUGUCAAAGUGGAUUUCAAAGGGAAGUCGAAGGCUCUGGAAGCUCUGAUCACUCAACCGAAAAUCGAUCCGAAUCUCAAAUCGGAGCUGGAAAAAGCUCAGAAGACACUCGAUAAGUUAUCGAAUCUUGAUCUUGAGUUCUCCAGCCACUCGGUUCAAUACACAAGUGCUCCGAGUGCUUUCCUAGCUCUUCAGGAUUUCUUGACCAAGUUCUUGUCCAUUGACCAUAACAUAACAGUUAUCGAGGAGAAGGCAGCAGCAUUCCCAUGGACCAUCGUUGCUGGAGUAGCACUCUCUUUGAUCAUCUUAUUCUUCACUGGAAUGACUGCUUCGUUCUUUUGGGAGCGACACAAAAGUCGACGUGGAUACAUGAAGGCGAGACUGAAUGCGUGGCGUGAGAAGGGAGCGUCGAGUGAUGAGCUGAUGUUGUGGGUACGUGGGAGACGGUAUAAAAGUUCAAAGAAGUGGUCCGAAGUUCACAAUGGGACAGAAACGAUUGUGAGACAUAAGGAGAGACAGUGUGAGAAGGUGAAGAUUCCGAAGAAGUUUAAGAAAGUUAGCAGAAGCCCCGGUGUGAUCCGCUGCAAUCCGGCUACCGCAGUCUCCUACAAAUACGGUAUCUUCCCAUGGACUAGACUAACAAUCCACGCAAAUUGGAUCGUCACAGCCGAUGGAAAAGAGUUCAUUGCGACGCAGGCACCUGUGAAAAAUGAAGAUGGAUUGAGGAAUACAGAUGUAGACUUUUGGAGAAUGGUGAUCAUGUCCAAAUCGGAUACAAUCGUCAUGCUGUGUAAAAAGAUGGAAAUGUUUGAAGGGAAAGAAUUCCGAGUGUGUGGAGAGUACUUUAGUGAGGAAGAGGCAACACAAAUACAGUGUGGACCCUAUACGAUCGCUACACUUUGUGUAAUGCCACUGGCUAACGAUGUGAUCAAGAGAACCCUUAGUGUUACCUAUAAGAAUUUCACAAAAGAGAUCACCCACUAUCAAUUCGUCAACUGGUCCUUGUCAAGUCAUCCGCCAGACCAUGCCAAUGUUCUUGAAUUGAUGAAAGAAGUUUAUAAAAGUAAUAAACCGAUCGUUGUCCACUGCACUGAUGGUGCCGCCCGAACCAUGGACUUUAUCGCUCUCCGUUACAUUUAUGAAGAAGUUAUUCGUGAUGCCACCAUUGUUUUCGGUGACUGCUGCCUUAAACUCCGUGAUUGUCGCUGGUACAGCUUCCAAAAUGCCAUUCAAUCCCAAUGGGUUGAAGCGGGUGUCGUUCGUCAGAUUAAGAUGGCUCCACAUCAGGAGGAGAUUGAUGAGAUCUACCAGAAAUUGCUUAAUUACCUUAAUCGUGAGAAAUAG